UGAUCUGUCACUGCAAAAUUGCUGCAGUCGACUAACUACUAAUUAUCAUGGCCGUAGCACUGAUACCCUCAGUGAUCAUAUCAACGGCAACUGAUGGCUUCAAUGUCUUGAUGCCCAGGGCCAGUAACACUGAUACGACCAUUCAUGGCAUCUUUUGAUGCAUGGGUGUUUUUGGUAGCAACUUUCAUCUUACAAGUCCUGGCAUCCAGGUUUACGCAUGCAGACUCCUUAUUUUAGCCAACGCAAGAGCACGAACAAACAGAGGAAUUUCACCUUGGCCCUUCCUCGUCGAUCAACGCGAAUCCGUCUCCGUCCGUACAGAAGAGUUGCCUGUGAAUCUGUGAUUGAGGACGAACCAUGCGUCGUCCAUCGAUCAUGAGGCGGCGUCUCCAACGGAGCUAAGGAGAUCGGUCGGUGAGCGGUGGAUUGAAGAAUCGGGAGCUAGCGAGGAGGGAGGAGGAUGGAGGAGGUGGAGCAGCAGCUGACCAAGAAACAGAUCGAGGAGUUCCGGGAGGCGUUCAGCCUCUUCGACAAAGAUGGCGACGGGACGAUCACGACCAAGGAGCUGGGCACGGUGAUGCGGUCGCUGGGGCAGAGCCCGACGGAGGAGGAGCUGCAGGAGAUGGUGGACGAGGUGGACGCGGACGGCAGCGGCGCCAUCGACCUGCAGGAGUUCCUGACCCUGCUGGCGCGCCAGAUGCGGGAGGCGAGCGGCGCCGACGAGGACGAGCUCCGGGAGGCCUUCCACGUCUUCGACCAGGACCAGAACGGCUUCAUCUCCCGCGACGAGCUCCGCCACGUCCUCCAGAACCUCGGCGAGCGCCUCUCCGAGGAGGAGCUCGCCGAGAUGCUCCGCGAGGCCGACGCGGACGGCGACGGCCAGAUCAACUACUCCGAGUUCGCCAAGGUCAUGCUUGCCAAACGAAGGAACCAGGAGCUGGAAGAGCAUGGGAGUGAAUCGUCUCACUCCAAGGGACUCUGCCCCUCCUGUAUAAUCCUCUGAAACUCGACUCGUUCUGCCACCCUAGUUUCUACUUUCUAGCUGCCAGGAGGAAGAAAUGUACUGUAACUAACAGCAAGCAAAGCAGAAGAAUCUGCAUGGCUCACGGUGUAAUUUUUUUUAAAAAAACUACUGAAAUGAAUGGCAGAUUUAGCCAUUCUGUUCAGUAAAGGAAAUCAACAUGAAUAAUAAUGUUAGACA